UUCUGAAGAUGAAAUUGAAUCUGAAGAUGUAUUUGAACUAAGGCAACCAACUGCAACAGAUGCGAAGCCUUCGAUGCUUCCACAAUUUUCUGAAUUACCAGAAUCUCUAGACAAAUCGGACAAACCAAAAUCUCCUGUAGAUUCGAAAACAUCUCUCAUUAAACUGACAUCUGCAGAUGAUUCUAAAGAUGAAUUUGAACUAAAGAAACCAACAGCUACUGACUCGACGCAUUCGAUGCUUCCACAAUUUUCUGAAUUACCAGAAUCUCUAGACAAAUCAGAUAAACCAAAAUCUCCUGUAGAUUCGAAAACAUCUCCCAUUAAACCGAUAUUUGUAGAUGAUACUAAAGAUGAAAUUGAACUCAAGAAACCAACAGCUAUUGACUCGAAAUCUUCGAUUCCUCCACAAUAUUCUGAUUUACCAGAAUCUCUAGACAAAUCGGACGAACCAAAAUCUCCUGUAGAUUCGAAAACAUCUCCCAAUAAACUGACAUCUGUAGACGAUACUAAAGAUGAAAUUGAACUCAAGAAACCAACAGCUAUUGACUCGAAGCCUUCGAUGCUUCCACAAUUUUCUGAAUUACCAGAAUUUGUAGACAAAUCGGACAAACCAAAAUCUCCUGUAGAUUCGAAAACAUCUUCUGCAAAACCUGCAGACGAUUCAGAAGAUGAAAUUGAAAUCGAGAAACCAACAGCUAUUGACUCGAAACCUUCGAUGCUUCCACAAUAUUCUGAAUUUCCAGAAUCUCUAGACAAAUCGGACAAGCCAAAAUCUCCUGUAUAUUCGAAAACAUCUCCUGCUAAACCUGCAGAUGAUUUUGAAGAUGAAUUUGAAAUCAAGAAACCAACAGCUAUUGACUCGAAGCCUUCGAAGCUUCCACAAUUUUCUGAAUUACCAGAAUCUCUAGACAAAUCUGACAAACCAAAACCUCCUGUUGAUUCGAAAACAUCUCCUGCUAAACCUGCAGAUGAUUCUGAAGAUGAAUUUGAAAUCAGGAAACCAACAGCUAUUGAGUCGAAGCCUUCGAUGCCUCCACAAUUUUCUGAUUUUCCAAAAUCUCUAGACAAAUCGGACAAACCAAAAUCUCCUGUAGAUUCGAAAACAUCUCCCAUUAAACCGAUAUCUGUAGAUGAUACUAAAGAUGAAAUUGAACUCAAGAAACCAACAGCUAUUGACUCGAAACCUUCGAAGCCUCCACAAUAUUCUGAAUUACCAGAAUCUCUAGACAAAUCGGACAAACCAAAAUCUCCUGUAGAUUCGAAAACAUCUCCUGAAAAACCUGCAGAUGAUUCAGAAGAUGAAAUUGAAAUCGAAAAACCAACAGCUAUUGACUCGAAACCUUCGAUGCUUCCACAAUUUUCUGAAUUACCAGAAUCUCUAGACAAAUCGGACAAACCAAAAUCUCCUGUAGAUUCGAAAACAUCUCCUGCUAAACCUGCAGAUGAUUCUGAAGAUGAAUUUGAAAUCAAGAAACCAACAGCUAUUGAUUCGAAGCCUUCGAUGCUUCCACAAUUUUCUGAAUUACCAGAAUCUCUAGACAAAUCGGACAAGUCAAAAUCUCCUGUAUAUUCGAAAACAUCUCCUGCUAAACCUGCAGAUGAUUCUGAAGAUGAAUUUGAAAUCAAGAAACCAACAGCUAUUGACUCGAAGCCUUCGAAGCUUCCACAAUUUUCUGAAUUACCAGAAUCUCUAGACAAAUCGGACAAACCAAAAUCUCCUGUUGAUUCGAAAACAUCUCCUGCUAAACCUGCAGAUGAUUCUGAAGAUGAAUUUGAAAUCAAGAAACCAACAGCUAUUGACUCGAAGCCUUCGAUGCCUCCACAAUUUUCUGAUUUACCAAAAUCUCUAGACAAAUCGGACAAACCAAAAUCUCCUGUGAAAUCGAAAAUGUCUCCGAUUAAACUGACAUCUUUUGAUGAUUCUAAAGAUGAAAUUGAAUCUGAAGACGUAUUUGAACUAAGGCAACCAGCUGCUAUUGAUGCGAAGCCUUCGAUGCUUCCACAAUUUUCUGAAUUAGCAGAAUCUCUAGACAAAUCGGACAAAGCAAAAUCACCUGUAGAUUCGAAAACAUCUUUCAUUAAACUGACAUCUGCAGAUGAUUCUGAAGAUGAAUUUGAACUAAAGAAACCAACAGCUACUGACUCGAUGCAUUCGAUGCUUCCACAAUUUUCUGAAUUACAAGAAUCUCUAGACAAAUCAGAUAAACCAAAAUCUCCUGUAGAUUUGAAAACAUCUUCCAUUAAACCGAUAUCUGUAGAUGAUACUAAAGAUGAAAUUGAACUCAAGAAACCAACAGCUAUUGACUCGAAACCUUCGAUUCCUCCACAAUAUUCUGAUUUAACAGAAUCUCUAGACAAAUCGGACAAACCAAAAUCUCACGUAGAUUCGAAAACAUCUCCUGCUAAACCUGCAGGUGAUUCUGAAGAUGAAUUUGAAAUCAUGAAACCAACAGCUAUUGAUUCGAAGCCUUCGAUGCUUCCACAAUUUUCUGAAUUACCAGAAUCUCUAGACAAAUCGGACAAACCAAAAUCUCCUGUAGAUUCGAAAACAUCUCCCAUUAAACCGAUAUCUGUAGAUGAUACUAAAGAUGAAAUUGAACUCAAGAAACCAACAGCUAUUGACUCGAAACUUUCGAUUCCUCCACAAUAUUCUGAUUUACCAGAAUCUCUAGACAAAUCGGACAAACCAAAAUCUCCUGUAGAUUCAAAAACAUCUCCUGCAGAUGAUUCAGAAGAUGAAAUUGAAAUCGAGAAACCAACAGCUAUUGACUCGAAACCUUCGAUGCUUCCACAAUUUUCUAAAUUACCAGAAUCUCUAGACAAAUCGGACAAACCAAUAUCUCACGUAGAUUCGAAAACAUCUCCUGCUAAACCUGCAGGUGAUUCUGAAGAUGAAUUUGAAAUCAUGAAACCAACAGCUAUUGAUUCGAAGCCUUCG